UCAUUUAUUUAUACUAGCGGUCCAAAGCGCGCACCCGGCGGCAGCAGAGACGAGAGGACAGAAGGCGGCAGGAAGACAAAUAAAGCCCAAUUAACCGAUUCUCCUGAAAGACCCGCACACGAAAUUCAGCCAGGAUGUCAGAGGAAAAGCCAAAGGAGGGAGUAAAGACUGAGAAUGAUCACAUCAACCUCAAGGUUGCAGGGCAAGAUGGGUCGGUGGUCCAGUUCAAAAUCAAAAGGCACACACCCCUCAGCAAACUAAUGAAGGCGUACUGCGAACGACAGGGCCUCGCAAUAAGGCAGAUCAGGUUCAGGUUUGAUGGCCAGCCGAUCAAUGAGACGGAUACACCUGCACAGCUGGAGAUGGAAGAUGAAGACACCAUAGACGUAUUCCAGCAGCAGACAGGCGGGCGCUGCUAAGCCCUCCCCACCUCAUUGACGGCCACCCCUCAGACCACGCCCCCAACCACCUUCACUGUCCCUCCCCUCCCCAUCGCUCCUCGCAGCCUAUUAUUAUUAUUAUUAUUAUUAUUAUUAUUAUUAUUAUUAUUAUUUCCUCAGUUUAAAGAUGUCUGUCAUGGUUUCUCGUCAGGUGUGUGUGUGUGGGGGGAGCUCCUCAGCUGUUUAUUUACCGCCUCAGCCAGGACUGAACUCUUGUGCGCGACAACAGUAUCUCUGCUGGUCAGUCAGGAUGACAUUUCCUUCCGGCGAUGCAGGCUGUGGUUGGACCAACAGCGCGUCACAGUUGUUCCUGGUCUGUCAGUGCUUCUCAUUCACUCUCCGGUGAAAGCUUAGCAUCCUCUAGUUUUGUCACUUUUUUUUUGUUUUGUUUUGGGUUUUUUUUUUUUCUUCAUCCAUCGGGGUCGAAUGCAAGGCUGUGCAAGAUUUUGUCCGGGGGGGGUCACAGUCGGAGGGCAUGAAAAUGGUUUGAAGUGGAAGCACUAUCUGAACUUAAUACACACCCGCCUUCCAUUUCACUUCGCUUUCUUGUGUUUUUUUUUUUCCUUGUCUGAAUGGUGACUCCUGCUCUUCUGUCAAACAGGUAUUUUAAUUCUCUCUGCAUUGUAGGUGCUUUUGCUAAAGAGUUCUGCAAUGUUUUUGUUUUGUAUGAUUUUUUUUUUUUUUUUUUUUUUUUUUCUUUCAAGAAUUAACACCCGGGGGGGCUUGUUGAUUUUUCUGUACAGAAGUAUCAGAGCGGAUAUUAGAUAAAUGUUGUGAGGCUUGGACCAACUCUCCAAAGACUGAACUUCUGUUGCAUAUUUGAUGUACUCUGAUCACUCUUAAAGCAAACUGCAAGGUCAUAACUGUCACAUGUUAAGGGAUUUCAUUAAUGUUAUUUGCUUCCUGUUUGACCUCUACUAAUGGAGGUUUUUUCCGGGUAUCCGGUACAGACUGUUGUUCACUCAUCCAGACAGAUCCCAAAAUUUAAUUAAUCCUUCAGUGGAGUUGGUUGGGCUCUGAUGAGAUAGUCUCUUGACAUGGAAUACAUAACUUUUAGUUUUCUUUCCUUAUUUUCUAAUGGGCCAGUGUUCAGCGCUUAUGGAAUUCUUGCAAGCAGUUAUGCUUUUGGGAUUUACAUUCUGGGUGGGAUGAAUAACCAGAAGGUUGUUCCUCAGUGCUGUUCCGGGGUCACUUGUCUCUGUGUUGUCCCUGCGUAUGUAGGCUGACAGGGACAACUGAUUCUAGAUUUGUUUUGAAGAGGAGCAGCUUCCAGUUUGAGCAAGGUUAUAUACAAUAAAAGUUAGUAUCACAUUUCCAAGACACUUUUCACUGCUAUGUCAACUGUCCAGCUGUUUCCUUGUGUGUUAAAGGCAGGAGUUGGAGGCCAUUUGUUCACAAACCUGACCGCUGUGUCGCCAACAACAUGGUGAUGAGUGUCUCCAGUCAUUUUACAGUUUCGGAGAAGGAUGCAUGCAGUUUGUUGCAUAUCGGGAGGGCAGUGAGGCCAACCAGUGGAGUUUGGGAGAUAAGUGUUCUGUACCCACAGGGCCCCGUUCUUUGUAUACAGAAACAGAGUUGGCUCCGUUUUGAUUGUCAGUGGCCUGACACGAGCUCGAGUAUUUCAUUUCAGUCAGGAUUAUCAUGUGUCUGUUGUCGAAGACAGUAGUCCUUGCACUCAGGACCUGUAAAAGUACAAGCUAAUUACGAGCAAGUUGGAUCGUGGCAACCCUUUUUAAGUUUACCUACUUUAAUUUAUUUUAGGUGAGGCUACAGCUUUCCUCACAGGUCAGUAUUGUCAAAACUGAACAGGUUUUGUGUUAAAGAGUCAUGCAUGCUAAAAAUAAAAUUGGAGCAAUUUGAAGAAAAAAUCUAAAUUUCUAAAAUCCGCUGUUCUUUAGACAUUUGCAAUAUAGUUUAAUUUAUUGCAUUAUGUGGUAUUUGAUGACAGAAUUUAUGCAAUGUGGGCUGCAGCUGUAAUUGGCCUUUUUUCUAGUCAUAGCCAUUAGUGAAUUGCUCAGCCAUUUUACAAAAGGACUGUAAUUUUUAAAAUGGUAUUUAAAUUGUAGUCGACAUCCUGUUUAGCUGUAUUUUUGUAUCAUUCUAUCUAAUAAACAAUGUCAACUUCAGUACUUUUUUUUUCAUUUGGAAAAAGCUUCACUUGACGGCUACCAGCUGUGUGAAAUACUGACUUCUGUCCUCUCUGACAUCUGCGAUUAUCUGAGGUGAAACCACUUCUCAUCCACCACCACAGUCACUAACAACAAGCAUCUGUUGAUAUUGUGUUGUACAGACAUCUUUGUUUGAUUACUCUUGGAGACACGCCUCCGCACAAGCCAUUCACAAGCAGCCAUCAUGAGUUCAUCUUUCGAGUUAGACAAAACAAGAGCACAGCCUUCCACUUGCAUUUUAGAAGUACGCUGGACAGAGCAACAUACGAGCUGAACUUUGUUAUGUAUGAAGAACGGGGCCUAGGUCUUGUCAUGUUAUUUGUUUCUCUACUGAUUUGUACAUUAUUUGUGGUCUUUUACUACUGUAUACAAUAAAUAUAGUUUGGUACUCAGA